ACUCAGAGCAGAGACGAAGCGGCAUUCAUAUAUUAGCAACAUGGCGCGAGGUAGCAGCGCUGGUUUUGACAGGCAUAUCACUAUUUUUUCUCCGGAAGGCCGCCUUUAUCAAGUAGAAUAUGCCUUUAAGGCUAUCAAUCAGGGUGGCCUUACGUCGGUGGGUGUUAAAGGCGUCGAUACCGCCGUUUGCGCUACACAGAAGAAAGUGCCUGAUAAGCUCUUAGAUCCAGCUACUGUUACCCAUCUUUUUCCUAUCACAGAUCGCAUUGGUUGUCUCAUGACUGGAAUGAUUGCUGAUAGUCGAUCUCAAGUGCAGCGUGCUCGCUAUGAAGCUGCACAUUACAAAUAUAAAUAUGGAUAUGAAAUUCCAAUUGAUGUAUUGUGUAAAAGGAUAGCAGACAUCAAUCAAGUUUACACUCAAAAUGCUGAGAUGAGACCUCUUGGAUGCUCAAUGAUUCUUGUUGCUUAUGAUGAUGAGAAAGGUGCCUGCAUCUACAAAGCAGAUCCAGCUGGUUACUUCUGUGGCUAUAGAGCAGUUUCUGCAGGAUCAAAACAUACUGAGGCGAAUUCUUACUUGGAAAAGAAACUUAAAAAAAAACAAAACUAUGACUACGAUGAAACAGUUCAACUUGCUAUCACCUGUUUGUCAACAGUUUUGUCAGUUGAUUUUAAGCCUAGUGAGAUUGAAGUUGGUGUUGUUUCCAAGGAUAAUCCUAAAUUUAGAAUUCUACCAGAAAGCGAAAUUGAUAGACACUUAACUACUAUUGCUGAGAAAGACUAACGUGGAGAAUUUUUCAUUAAUAUUCAAAUGUACUGCAACGCAGACUUUUAUACACUCAUAAUUAGCACUUACUAUCAAAUAUAUUUUGUGUUGGAGUCUAAAUAAAACAUUUUUGAA